CCCCCCUCCCCUCACGGCGGAAGCCGACCUUGCCCGCCCCGGAAGUGCAAACUGUGUGGUCUGGCAGGUGUGGAUUCCGCGGGUGAAGGCUGAAGGCAGCUACCUUAGAGAUGCCGGGAUCAGCAGCGAAGGGGUCGGAGUUGUCAGAGAGGAUCGAGAGCUUCGUGGAGACCCUGAAGCGGGGUGGUGGGCCGCGCAGCUCCGAGGAAAUGGCUCGGGAGACCCUGGGGCUGCUACGCCAGAUCAUCACGGACCACCGCUGGAGCAACGCGGGGGAGCUGAUGGAGCUGAUCCGCAGAGAGGGCAGGAGGAUGACGGCCGCUCAGCCCUCCGAGACCACCGUGGGCAACAUGGUGCGGAGAGUGCUCAAGAUUAUCCGGGAGGAGUAUGGCAGACUCCAUGGACGCAGCGACGAGAGUGAUCAGCAGGAGUCCCUGCACAAACUGUUGACGUCCGGAGGCCUGAACGAGGAUUUCAGCUUCCAUUAUGCCCAACUCCAGUCCAACAUCAUUGAGGCGAUUAAUGAGCUGCUAGUGGAGCUGGAAGGGACAACGGAGAACAUUGCAGCCCAGGCUCUGGAGCACAUUCACUCCAAUGAGGUGAUCAUGACCAUUGGCUUCUCCCGAACAGUAGAGGCCUUCCUCCAAGAGGCUGCCCGAAAGAGGAAAUUCCAUGUCAUUGUAGCAGAGUGCGCUCCUUUCUGCCAGGGUCAUGAAAUGGCUGUGAAUUUGUCCAAAGCAGGUAUUGAGACAACUGUCAUGACUGAUGCUGCCAUUUUUGCUGUUAUGUCAAGAGUCAACAAGGUAAUCAUUGGCACGAAGACCAUCCUGGCCAAUGGUGCCCUGAGAGCUGUGACAGGAACUCACACUCUGGCACUGGCAGCAAAACACCAUUCCACCCCACUCAUCGUCUGUGCACCAAUGUUCAAACUUUCCCCACAGUUCCCCAACGAAGAAGACUCAUUUCAUAAGUUUGUGGCUCCUGAAGAAGUCCUGCCAUUCACAGAAGUCUGGGCAGAGGGCAGGAGAGGCACAAUUCUUGGAACUUGAAGAAGGAACAGAAAUUCCUAAUUUAGCCUCAGAAGAGACGUCUCAGAAAAAUACUCUACCAGGAAAAACUGAAGUGUAAAACGAUACCUCAAAGAAAUCAAUGCUGGUACCCAUAGGAUCAUAUGUUUCAUGGAUGUGCUUCAAAACUAUUUCUCAAAGCAAUCUGUUGCAUCAGUCUUUGGGCUAAGAAAGGCUGCCAGUCACAGUCCCAUCAUGGAAUGACUGGCAUACUCUGUAAUGAUCUGUGAUAAUACAGCUACAUCAGAACGGCUCUGCCAUAUAGAUAGUACCAGAUGGUAAUGUGAUUAUUGUAAAGGCCUCAUACUAUCCACCUGUCCUUGCAAAAACUCCCUUAGCAGACAUGCACCUAGUUGACACGAAAGGACAAUUUUGAAAUGUGAUUUGGAAGUGUUUUAUAUCUGGCCUACUUUGCUUUGAAUUAUUCUUUCAUUUGCCAAAGAGCUCUUGCAAGGUACUGCACAAUGGCUAGGCAACUAUUAUUAUUAAUGGUAAAAACUGCAAUUACUUUUGCACCAACUUAAUAAUAAAGAGCUAAAGUCUAAGCUUCCAGUUUCCUGGCAUCCCUCACACGAUGGAGGGCAGCGCUUGAGUCUAAUCAUGCUUGAGAUGGUGAUUGCCUGAUAUGUAUAUUAAAUUCUAUGCUGAAGAGA